UUUAGAAAUUCCCACCCUUUUGUUUUUAAUUUAUUUUAAUUUGCGAGUUUUAAAGCGACUUGUCGAUUAGUGUUUAUUUUUAAUACAUUUUAUAUAAAAAUUGUGUUUGUGUUGUUAACGAUGGCUGAUGGUCGAAAGAGGCUUUCUGGUUCCCAAUACCGAAAAAGGAAGCUAGAAAAGGAGGAAGAUGACAGGCGGUUAGCAGGUUCGUUAAAAAAGUUUUUUGCGUCAUCAACGAACCCACAACCGGCACAACGUCAACCUUCAACAAGCCAAAGGCCGGAUGUUCAACCUUUGACGUCAACUGAAGCCGAUGCCGAUGUAGAACAACCAAAUGAUGGAGAUCAACAACCAUCAGGAGAUGAACUGAAACAAGAUGAUCACUCGACGAAUACGCCAGCAAAUACGCAAACUGAGAACAUUGAAGCUAUUCAGGUAAAUGAAGAACGAUUUAAAGAUCCAGCUCUAGUUCGGGCCAAUAUCCCGAACUAUUAACGGAUAAUGUUAGAUUAUUGAUUUUAGGAAUAGGACCUGUUCAAAUUAAAAAUAUUAAUUAUCCCAUUAAUAAUUUAAAUAGAUGUUUUAGCGCUGCUUACUUUGAAAAAAAAAAUUAACUAACAAGAAAAAGUUCCUAGAACCUGGCUUAUUUACUCAACAUCUAAAGAUUCAGUGGUACUGUUUUCCUUGUAAAUUAUUUCAAGUUUCUGAUAAUAGUUUUAAUGAGGGGAAUGGCUAUAGUGACUGGCGACAUAUAUCUCGGACUUUAGAAAGACACGAAACCAGUAGGGGGCAUUUUGAAAGUGUUAGGAAAUGGCUUGAAUUAAAAAAAUCAAUAGAAAAAGGUUUAAUUGUGGACUCUAUCAAUCAAAAUUUAUUUCAAAUGGAAAAAAAAGAUGGACUUCGAUUUUAGAGAGAAUAAUAUCUGUUAUCCAGUUUUUAGCUGGACAAAAUUUAGCUUUUAGGGGUAAUAGCCAAAAACUAUUUGAUAAGGGUAGCGGUAAUUUUCUGAAAUUAAUUGAGACGAUUGCAAAAUUUGAUUCUGGCUUGGAUUCUGAAAAUGGCCGAACAUAUUGAUAGAGUCCAAAAAGAUGGGAACAAAAUGCCGCAUUAUUUGGGAGAUAAAAUACAAAAUGAAUUGAUUUUUUUAAUAGGAGAAAAAGUAAAAAAGUGUAUUGUUGAAUGUUUAAAAUUAUGCAAAUAUUUCUCAAUCAUUCUUGAGUGUACACCUGACGUUAGUCACCAAGAACAAAUUACCAUUAUUGUUAGAUUCGUUUUUAUUGAUGAUUGUUCUAAAAGUAUAGAAAUUCGAAAACAUUUUUUAGGAUUUUGUAAAGUUACAAACACUAAUGGUCAGGGGUUAACAGAUUUUUUAUUAAAUUAUUUAGGUAUUAAAUUAUUUAUUACUCGAUAUUGAUAUUGCCGAUAUGAGAGGUCAGGGCUAUGACAACGGAGCAAACAUGAAAGGCAAACACAAUGGCCUACAAAAAAAAUUGUAAAUAUUAAUCCUAGAGCCUUUUUUGUACCCUGUGCCGCCCAUAGUUUAAAUUUAGUAGUUAAUGAUGCAGCAAAAAGCUCUUUAGAAGUAACUAAUUUUUUUAGCAUUAUUCAGGAAAUAUAUGUCUUUUUUUCGGCCUCAACUUACAGAUGGAAUGCUCUCUUAAAAGAACUGCCCAGGCUAACACUAAAGCCCUUAUCGGAUACCCGCUGGGAAAGCCGUAUUGAGGCAAUAAAAACUCUUAGAUUUGAGUUAGAAAAAGUGUAUGAUGCUCUGUUUACGCUUUUUAAUGAUGAAAGCAGAGAUAAUGAAACAAAGAAUAUUGCAAUGUCCCUAAUAAAUAAAAUAAAAUCAUUUAAAUUUAUUUGUUCGUUAGUUAUUUGGUACAACAUUUUGGCAAAAAUUAAUAUAGUAAGCAAAACACUGCAAAAGUCUAAUGUUAUUUUACCAGAAGCUGUACAGAUGCUAAAAGAAAUCAAAUUAUUUUAGACAUGAUAAAUGAAUCUAAGAAAAUUGCGGAAGAAGUAGACGCCGAAAUUUCCUUUCCAGCCAUUCACUCAAUAAGACCAAGGAAAAAAAAAACGUUUUUUGAUUAUGAACACAAGGAUGAGCCAAUCCAAUCUCCAGAAAUAAAUUUUAAAGUAAUUUUUUUUUAUAUUCUCGAUAUUUCAACCUCAAAAUUGGAUGAAAUAUUUCAAGAUUUACAAAAACAUAUUGAAUUAUUUGGUUUUUUAAACAAUUUGAAAGCAUUUUCCAAACCCGAAAUAAUGACCUAUUGUAAGAAUUUAGAAGCUAAAUUAACUGACUCUGAAACAAAAAAUAUGGACAUAAAUGGAUUAGAACUCUAUAAUGAAAUCGACAUAUUAUCAAUUUACAUUAAUGAUAGAAAUAUUUUCUCGGCCAAAGAAAUAUUAAUAUAUCUGGUUGCUAACGAUUUGAAAGGCAUAUUUCCAAAUUUAUUCGUAGCUUUAAGACUAUUUUUAACAAUGCCAGUCACUGUAGCUCAUAGAGAACGCUCAUUUUCCAAACUAAAAUUAAUAAAAAACUACUUAAGAUCCACAAUGAGCCAAUCAAGACUAUCAAAUUUAUCAAUAAUAAAUUAAGAGAAAGACAUUGUUUCUAAUUUAGAUGUUAUGGACAUAAUUAGGGAAUUUGCAUAUAAAAAGGCAAGAAAAGUAAAUGUUAGCAUUUA